AUGGGGGCAGAGGAUGAAGUCUUGAAAAUCGGCAAGAAGCUGGAUAAACUCAUUUCAAGUGAUACGACAGAUCAUGCUACAGCUUUGGAUCUGUUAAAGGCACUGAGGGACACAAAGAUGACUUUACAUGUCCUGCAGAAAACACGGAUUGGGAUGACUGUGAACAAUCUGCGUAAGGCAAGCAACAACGAUGAAGUGGUGACUCUGUCAAAGACACUUAUUAAAAACUGGAAGAAACUUUUGCCUGCAGAUAGCCCAGGUGGUCUGAGUCGGUCUACGUCACGGUCAUCUGGUGACUCCAGCAGUCAGAGAAUGGAUGAGACAUCAAAUGAUGGCGCAGACGAAGGCAGGAGUGACACGGACAAGCAAGAGGGUUCCAACAAGCCUCACAAUACAACAGACGCUGUCCGCAUUAAAUGCAGGGAGCUGAUGUCUGCAGCACUGAAGUGUAGCGAAAUACCAGAGGGAACCCAUGAUCCUGACGAGCUGGCAGCUUCAAUUGAAGAUGCUAUCUUUGAGGAAUUUGGCAACACAGACAUGAAAUACAAAAAUCGGGUGAGAAGCCGAGUGGCCAACUUGAAGGACUCUAGAAAUCCUCAGCUUCGACAGAACGUACUCAUUGGCUUGAUUUCUGCCCGGAAGAUAGCCUCCAUGACAGCAGAGGUAUU